CUGCAGCUACUGUAGAGCGGCCAUUUGCACUCAUCGCUCUCCCAGUCAGGUUUGGCCCACGCACAGACUGUGUAAUAUGGUCAAUGUAUCAGAAAGGAUUAAAUAUUCCAUCAUUAUGAUCACUGCCCUUAUGAAGCUGAAUUUCAUGUCCUAUGCUAGCGUAUACGCCGCUUGGAAUCCUCGUUAACACGCAUUAACAGCAAGUGGAGGGGAAAAGAGAUCUAUCGACAUCAUGUCUGCACCAAAACCUGAUAAAUUAAAUAGAAUUGUUAAACUCCUCAUGACUAGAGUAAUGACAAAGGAAUGUACACUUGGUUAUGAUGAACAGGUUCCACACAAUAACCAGAUACAAGAGGAAAUAUCCCCUCAUUGUAACAAACACAAGAAGAGUGAAACAUCAUCCAUGUAUGACGAUGAUGAGGCCCCUGAAGAUGGUGAUUCCAAAAGUAUAGAUGCACAUAAUUUCAAAGGAGAAAACAAAAGUAAUUCCAGUGCCUCAGAUUUGAGUUGUCUCAGUGUAAUAGCCAAACAACCAAAUUCACCCAAGGGUAAAACUUUACACAAGUGCAAAUAUUGUACCAAGGUAUUUUCAAGGAAAAGUGAUAAUAUCAAGCAUGAAAGAGUACACACUGGCGAAAGACCCUUCCUGUGUCGAGUCUGUAAAAAGGCAUUUACCCAGAAAGCUGCUUGCGUCAGACAUGAAAGACUUCAUAAUUAUGAUAGGCCAUUUAUUUGUCAGUUCUGUGGGAAUGGGUUCAUACAGAGAUGGGAUCUGGUGCUGCAUGAAAGAAUCCACACUGGAGAAAAACUUUUUGACUGUCAUUUUUGUAAAAUGAUUUUCACACAGAAGAAAACUUUGGAGAGACAUGAAAGGAUUCACACUAAUGAAAGACCAUUUCAGUGUCAUUAUUGUGGCCAGGGAUUCACACAGAGUAGCACUUUGGUGAAACAUGAAAGAAUUCAUACUGGAGAAAAGCCAUAUACCUGUAAGUAUUGUGGACGGAAAUUUGCUUCGAAUAGUGACUGUGGAAGGCAUGAACGAAUACAUGCUCGCAAAGUACAAAAUAAACAGUCCAAUCUUUCAAGUUUACCUGAUAUUCAAGCAAAUGCAGUUAAUACUGUGGUAGGCCAGAAUAAUGGUGAUGCAAAACAAGAUAAAAAUUUUCCAAAGUCAUUUAUUAAAUCUACAGCUGAGAUGACAUCCGUUGUAAAACAAGUCAACCCUGGGGAUGUGGUUGAAAAAAAGAGAGACCUCCAAUUUCUGUGAGAUUCAU